UGUGCGGUGUGCCGGACAACCAAACUUAGUAUAAAAUUUGAAAACCACUUGGAAUUAGUAAGUGGUAAUAAGCUGCGAGGUGGUUUGUUUGUAGUAUGCUGUGGUUAAAUUAAGUUGUUUGGUCGACGUAGUAUAGCAACCAAGGAAGGAAACCAUAGCACCAUAAGUUUAAUUUACGACUAAAUGUUGAAAAAAGCUGGUUGUUAUAGCGAAUUAGAAAACCUACUUAUAUUUGCAUAGUAGGUUAUGUGAUGAAUUACUGUUGUCUCAUCAAUGGAAUAAGUGUUUAAUUUCAUACUGUGUGACAAAUCAUUUGCUGCUUCAUUUUAGGUCUGUAGUCCUAUUAGGAGUAGGGUACAACAGAAUCUAAUAUUCCUGACUGUAUAGUAACAAAGUUUUAUUUCAUAUGGAGUGUAAAAGAUUACUUGAAAUGUUGGAAAGUCAUAGUGAGAGAGACAAACUGUUACGGUUCCUUUGCUAUACCUCUCAGUUGAUUGGAGGAGUUACCAAACAGAAUAAGUAUUCAAAGUUUAGUCAUCAGUUAAGUGAGUGCCGCACAACAUUGCGAUUACUGGAUGAUGUUCCUAUGUUAAUGUAUUCUCUGUCAUACGGAUUGGGCAAAAAAGAACCUGACACUUACAUGCAAGUGUGUGGAGUGAUAGUGAAUAUACUGGACCAGCUCUACUACCCUCUUGAACAUGUGGCGUGGGCUGCUGAUAAGGGUAUCCUCUCCCAGAACAGUGAAAAAUGGUGGCUGGCCAGCAACGUCUGCUGGGCUCUCUCCCUGUACUUCAAUAUUGCCAGAUCACUCCGAUAUUUACACCUACUCAACUCUGAUCCCAUUCACGUACACAAUGAGUCUGUUUUGAGGAAGAAGGGCACACCUGAUAUAAUGAAGAAAACUUUAAGGCUGCAGUUGGCAGAACUCAUAGCAGUUGUCUGCUAUAUAUGUGAUUUUAUUAAUGCUAUUCACUGGAUGCCAGAAGGCUUUCUUUGGGGUGGAAGACUGAAGCAGUGGCAAAUUGGGGCUCUAGUUACGUCAGAUCUGAGAGGGCUAUUGUUUCUCGAGUUGGAUACGGCUGGGCCAAUGAGAGAACACCGUGGAUGUCCAUCAGAGGGAGGGGGAGAAGGGAACUGCCUGCUCAUAAUUUUCGGCCUUCUUUUGGUAAUUAAGUUGAUGACAGUGCGCGCCCUGUUUCAAAAUUUUUUUCCGCGAGGGAUUUUGAGGUAAGCACCAAAUUUAUUGUACUUUAUAUUGAAAUAGUCUUCCAGAUCUGAUAUUACAUUAAUUUUGUUGUCUUUUUUAUAGGAAAAAUUAAAUUUAUAGAAACCAAAGAGCAAUCUGUAAACUGACUCUUGAUAAACAAUAGAGCACAAUAGAAUCAAACAAGUUACAUUCGGUUCAAACUUGCAAGAAAAGUGAAUUAAAAUUGAACUUUGUUAAUAACUUUGAUUGAAUUUUGAAAAUUUAGUAAUUUAUUAAUA